UGCCACCCACCCCCUCUCCUCUAACCAUUAACCAGCAGAGACGCUGGCAAACAAGAUUUAAUGGGCAGUCUCCCCUAAGCCUUACUGUAUAUGUGCAAGGAUCCUGCACAGUAAAGCAGCACCAGCAGGACCAGCCUGAGCCCACCUGCAGAGGACCCAGUCAACUAGAACAAUGCCGGUCGUCCUGUACACCUGUCUCCUCUGGCUCUCCAUCAGUGGCCUCAGUACUGCCGAAAAACACAACUCCUUCACUCAUGAGAGUUCAAGGAGCCCUCACCGAGGCCUGGCUCCCACCAAUACUGACUUUGCUUUCAACUUAUAUAAUCGCCUAGUGAACUUGAAUCCCAACAAGAAUAUCUUAGUCUCCCCCGUGAGCAUCUCCACGGCCUUGGCCAUGCUGUCCCUUGGACCUAGGGGCCAAACAGGGACCAGGCUUCUCCAGAGCCUGGGCUUCAACUAUACAGAGGCAUCUGAAGCUAAAAUCCAUCAGGACUUCCAGCACCUCAGUCGCCUUCUCAGUCAGUCUGACAUGAGCUCGAGUAUGAGCUUGGGCAGCAUCAUAUUUUUCGACCAGAACCUGAAGCUGGAAGACUCCUUCUUAGAAGCCAUCAAACACUAUUAUGGGUCAGAGGCCUUCGCCAUCGAUUUCAAGGACUGGACUCAAGCCAGCCGGCAGAUCAACACAUAUGUCGAGAGUAAGACACAGGGGAAAAUUACGGAAGUGUUCUCAGACCCGAGUGAUCUGGCCCCCUUCAUGCUGUUCAACUACAUCUUCUUCAAAGGCACGUGGGAAUUUCCCUUCAGCCCAGAAAAUACCAGAGAGGAGGACUUCUAUGUGAACGAGACCACCACUGUGAAGGUGCCCAUGAUGGUCCAAUCAGGCCUUAUGGGUUACCUUCAUGACUCGGUGAUCCCCUGCCAGCUGGUACUGAUGGACUUUGUAGGAAAUGGAACUAUCUUCUUCAUCCUUCCAGACCAGAAUCAGAUGGACACUGUCACUGCCGCACUUAGUCGAGAUACAAUUAAGAGGUGGGACACUCUUCUGACCAAAAGGCAAGUGAACGCACACAUCCCAAAAUUCUCCAUGUUUGACACCCAUGACCUUAAAGAAGUGCUCCCAGAAAUGGGCAUUGAAGACUUGUUCACUGGCCAAUCAAAUUUCUCAGGCUACACCCAGGAUGACUCCAAGGCAGUAAAGGUGAUCCACAAGGCCGUGCUGCAACUGGAUGAGAAUGGUAUAGUGCCUGUUGCCACCAAAAGGGCUUCCCGUUUCGCGAGGUCGGAGGAACUCACCAUCAGUUUCAACAGGCCCUUUAUCGUGCUGAUCUAUGACGAUAUUACGUGGAGCAGCUUGUUGAUGGGCAAAAUCAUGAAGCCAGCCUAAGAGUGUGUCCGGAGAAGCCAUAGCGCCAUUGGACUUUGGGGGCACAGAAACCUUUCACCAAUCUUCUCCCCAGUCCACCCAGGUGUUCCUACUUUUAGAUAUCGUGUAAUGUGUAGCUGUGGUUGCUACUCUGGAGGCAAGUCACUGAAGAAGGAGCACGGAGAAAGAGGUAGCCAUUAUUAAAGGAUGUUUUUGCAAA